ACCCAAACACUCCAGCUUCUGCUUCUGCUCCCUGAAGGAGCAGAAUCAGUUUUCUGCUCCCUGAAGGAGCAGAAUCAGUUUUGAGAAUCAGAUCCAAACACCCCUCUACCGUCGUCUCAAAUUUCUAGUAGUCUCAGUGAUUCAACCUUUUCUUAAAAUAGAACAAUUAAAAAAAAAUCCUAAGCCUGGAUUGUCAAGAGUUUUCGAAAAGGGGGUUUGUCGAUUCAACCUUUUCUUAUAAUUCAUUGCAGGUUUAUUCAGAGCCGAUACACUAGGUUGCGGGGGAGAAAAUCAAUGGGGAAGGAGGUUUACAGAAACCUUGUGAAAGCAGUGAAGAAACACAUCGGAAAGGAAGAGCACAAAGCCCAUUUCACCGAUUUUAUAAAAGAGGAGUUCAGGAAGAGUAUCAAUACCGAAGCUGCUGCUGCUAAGAAGCGUAUUUCCAAUAAUCAUCAAGAGGAUAGGUUAAAGCUUGCCAAAGAUUACACCUUUCUCCUCAAUAGCGUUCACCAUCAAAAGGACUUGCUCUUUUCUUAUAAUAUCGCAGUCGAUAGGUCUGAUGAGAUGAAAAAAGUUUUGAGAAAAUCUGCUGCCAGCGUGGGACUCCAACUUCCUGAAGCUUACCAGCCAUGACAGCUAGUAAGCACCUCAAUCAACUUACUGCACUUCAUUACUAUACCAUGAGAAAAUGAGUUGUCAUUCUCAGUUUCUCAUCACCAAUAUUAUCGAAACUGCGGUUAGGUUCGUGCACAGAACUGGUGCAACAUGGUCAAUAACUGGUGAAGAAUCCCGGAACCCACCAGAGAUAUUCUAAUAUCCUGUUAAGCUAUUAUAUUAAGAGAACUACGUUUAAUUUGGGAAAUUCUCUGAUGGGCAUGUUGGUUUGGAUAUUAAUAAUUUUUAUUCCCUCCAUAUUCAAAUAGUUUCUCCAGGCCUCCCAAUAUUGUUUUUACAGUUUUUAGUAGGUUCAUUACUUUUCUUUUUUAUCCGUUUCUAAAUUUUUCACUCACUUCGUUUGAUGAAAACAAUGUGUUUGAUAUUGUUUCUCUCUUAUAGAUAAAUCUCACCG